AUGCCCAGCGCAGAUCAUGGACAUGCAAUCGCCUCACCGGGAGUCGGCGACAACGUGAUAGAUGAGCGUAACUUAGAAGCAGGCUCUACAUCAAUUGGCAUCAAAGUAGACUUUCUCGAAUGGUCAGGAAUUGAUCACGACGAUGCGAAAAGACGAUAUGAUCUUGAGGCGAGAGACAAUCAUGUAUCUCUUCCGGAUUCGUCUGCAUCCAGCGUCUUGGGCACACGGAAAAACGUAAUACAUUGGGAGGAGGACGAUCCAGAAAAUCCAUAUAAUUGGUCUUCCGGGUGGAAAUGUUACAUUGUUCUCGUUGGAAUGCUUGUGGUGAUCAACAGCACCAUGGGUUCUUCUCUACCUUCGAACGCGAUUCCAUUCAUCGCUCCGGAUUUCCACAUAACAUCAGAAUCUGCGGAAAUUUUACCAAUGUCGAUGUAUCUCCUUGGAUAUGUGCUUGGACCUUUAGUAUUUUGUCCACUAUCAGAACAAUUCGGACGAAGGACAAUCAUGCUGGCAACCUUUUUCUGCUAUACCGCCUUUACAUUAGGUUGUGCCUUGACACCAACGUGGGGUGGACUCUUAGCAUUUCGAAUUCUGGCAGGUGUUAACGCGAGUAGUCCUAUAUCCGUCAGUGGAGGUAUCUAUGCAGAUAUAUACAAGGAUCCAGUAACAAGAGGGAGAGCCAUGGCGGUUUUCACUGCAGGCACUUGCGUAGGUCCUCUAGUGGCUCCAAUAAUUUCGGGCUUUAUAUCUCCUGUUCUUGGCUGGCGUUGGACUUUCUGGAUUGGCUUAAUCUUUGCUGGUGCAUCUUGGGUCCCUCUUGUAUUUCUUCCAGAAACCUACGGUCCAGUUCUACUUCUCAAACGCGCAAAACAGUUGCGAAAAGAAACAGGCGAUUCCGAAAUAAUCGCGCCGAUCGAAUUGGAAAAGCAAGACCUAAAACAAAUGGUGACUGUGACACUCACUCGACCUAUCCGCAUGCUUUUCUUCGAGCUCAUCGUCUUGGCCGCUUGCACCUACCUCGCCCUCGCCUAUGGGAUAUUCUAUAUGUACUUUGAAGCUUAUCCGAUUAUAUUCGAAGGAAUAUAUGGUCAAUCGUCUGGCGUUUCUGGGCUUAUGUUCCUGCCCAUUGGUGGUGCAUCCAAGAAAGCCUGGGCGCAGAAAGAAGAAUCUCGGCGGCUGCCACUUGCCAUUUUGGGGGGACCACUCUACGUUAUUUCGCUUUUCUGGUUAGGCUGGACAUCCCGUGCCUCUAUUCCUUUUUAUGUUCCCAUGUUGGCCGGCAUACCAUUUGGAAUGGGUUUUAUAUUAAUCUUCAUUGCUCUGCUCAACUACUUGACGGAUGCUUAUGAGGUCUUCGCCGCGAGCGCCAUGGCUGCAUCGAGCUGUUGUAGAAGCUUAGCUGGGGCGGUGUUGCCGUUUGCAGCGAAGCCCAUGUAUACAAAACUGGGUGUGCCAUGGGCAAGUAGCCUGCUUGCAUUCCUGAGCCUAUUAAUGUGCGGUAUUCCGGUAUUAUUUACAUGGAAGGGCGAUCGUAUUAGGGAAGGGAGCGUAUUCUGUCAGGAGCUUAAAGAACGAAAAAUGAAAGAGUUGGAGAACUUGCAAAGAGACAGAUUGGUGAAAGAGCAUCGCCAAAAUGCGGAGGUCACGGAGAAACUUUAA